AUGGACGAUAAGAGCGCUGCAAUGUACCGGAACUCAGCGGCGCAAGCACCGAAAAUUGCACAAGCUGAGUUUCCCGCCGUAGAGGAGCGUCCUGGCCACUCUGAUAGCAUUGAGGUUGCUACAACGCCUCCAAAGUUAUCAACCAGCCAGUUCGGGGAGGGCGACAUGAAUAUGCUGCCAACCCCGUUGGUCUACACGCCGUGUUCCCCGGGUUCAGCCGUUAGGUCCCCGAUGGAGCAGAAGUUUCCAAGCACUCCAUCCAGCGCGACCGCGCGCGCAAAAAAGGGGUACGGCGGCUUGAUGCCAAUUGGUGCUGAGCUCCUCAACAGAUCUCAUAUCCUGGAAGAUCGGCAGCGGAUCCUGUCUGAGUACGCGCCCCACAGCGCUUUGGCCCCGGCUACCGCAAGCAGCCUCUCACAGAGAGUUUCAUCGCUUUCGGGUGUGGAGCUGAAGCUCGAUGCCAUUCAUGAAUACGCGCCUGCCUCUCAGAGUUCGCUGACUGCCGCUGACCCUGCUCAAAGCGAUUCCGAGGACGUCCUAACGGGUUAUUCAGUUAACGACACCUCCACCCCACUCUACUGGAGGAAAGUGAAACAGAUCGGAGUGGGAAACUUCAGUGACGUCUACCUCUAUGAGGUGACCGAACAAAAUGCGGCAAUGCCACAGAAGGUUGCUGUGAAGCGUGUAAAAUAUCCCGAGGCAUUGACACUAUCUGCAUCCCCAAAAUCUCCGCGCUUUCGCGAAGUUCUCUCACGCGUUGAAAACUCCCUAACAAGAGAGCUUGAGGCCCUCCUCUGCGUUUCCCAUCCUUGUAUUAUUCAAUUUCUAGCAAUUAAUGACCCCACUUUCCUGAACAACAAGCGCCCGCUCAGCUCAAGAGACCUUUCCAGAGGGCUACCUCCAUGCGACAUGGUCAUGUCCUACUGCGCGGGUGGCGACCUUUUUGAGCUAGCCAGCCAGAACACAUUACCAGAUUGGCUGCUACGAAGAAUAUUUACAGAGCUCACUUUGGCUGUAAAGUACCUCCACGAAAACCUUAUUGUACAUCGAGACUUGAAGCUUGAGAACGUUUUGAUAAAGUACCCUCUGGACGACAUCCUUGCGAUGCGCGAGCAGCCAGAGCUCUUGCAUAACCACCACCUCGUUGAACUUGCGGACUUUGGGCUUUGCAGGCGGAUCGAGCCUGAGGAGAUGUGCACUACCCGGUGCGGGUCUGAAGAUUACGUUUCACCUGAAAUCCUCAUGGGGGUGCCUUAUGAUGGUCGCUUGAGCGAUUCAUGGGCAAUGGGCGUGAUUUUAUAUGCAUUACUUGAGGAUAGGCUUCCCUUCGAUCCAUUGCCCUCGGCAGCCCCUGGAAAAAGACAGAGAAGAAGCUCUACAGCACACAGAAUAUCGCGUUUCGAAUGGAGGUGGAUCAAAAUGCCUGAAUCAGAUUCUCCCGCCAAAGAGAUCGUUGGUAACUGUCUCACUCGUAAGAACCUUCGUUAUAGCAUUCAGGAGAUUUACAAAAAUCCCUAUGUCCACGAACUGGUCCCAACUUUGCGGUUCGCUUCUUGA